AAGAUAUUUUUUCUCAGUAUCUACUUUUCACAAAGCCUGGCUCACCAUUAAAAGUUUGAAGGGGCCUCUGCAGACUUUCGGAAUCCGUCGAAUUCCGUGAAAGCUGGGAAAUUUGGAUGUGGGUCAAACUACGGAAACAAGUCUCUCCAGAGAAGAAAAGUGAAAGCCCUGGACCGGGAGCCCCGGGUUUGGAAUUCCAAAUCUGCCCCCUGUCGCUGGCAGGCUGGGUGACCUUGGGGAUGCGCCUCCCCUUCUCUAGGCAGCAGCGGACCCCUUGGUAACGGGUGGCGGUUGGCCUAGAUGGUCCCUAAAAGCCCUGGUGUGCCCAAGAGAAGGACGAAGCUGGGGCGCGAGCGCUGCAAUUGGGCUUUCCUGGCAGACCCACUGUGAUGCUUCCUGACUGAUGACGUCAUAAUAGUGCCCAGAAGCCUGAGCACUGCAUUUCCAGCUGAACACACCUGAGUUGUCCCCAUCACCAUGGAGACCCAAAAAGAUGAAGCUGCUCAGGCCAAGGGAGCAACAGCGUCUGUGGAUACCCAGGACCAAGGGGCAGAGAAAGGAGCCCAGAGCAAGGCCGCUGAGACGACAGAAGGCCCAGCAUCAGAGCCACCCUCGUCUGGCCCAGGUAGGCUGAAGAAAACUGCCAUGAAACUCUUUGGUGGCAAGAAGGGCAUCUGUACCCUGCCUAGUUUCUUUGGAGGGGGACGGAGCAAAGGUUCUGGGAAAGGCAGCUCCAAGAAGGGGCUUAGCAAGAGCAAGACCCACGAUGGCCUGAGCGAAGCGGCCCGUAGCCCCGAAGACAUUGUCAGCGAAGGACCCGGCCUCUCUUCACCUUUGCCUGAGUCACCCUGCCAGCUUCCCAGUUCCCAGAGCGCCCACGGGGCUUUGGAGACAGGCUCCAAGCACAAGACGUCUGUGGUUGCAGCCGUAGACAAAGCUGGGGCCGAGAAGGUUUCCUCUGUGCCCAAGCCAAAGAAAGGCCUGAAAGGUUUUUUCAGCAGUAUUCGCCGUCACCGGAAGAAUAAGAUUUCUGGUGCUGAGCAAAGGGAGCCAGGAGCCAAGGGGCCUGAAGAGGCCAGAGCUAGGCCUCGUGAGCACGUGAGCUCUGUCCUCCCGUCCCACACUGAGGAAACCCUUCCAGACCCGAGAAAGGAAAAUGCCAAACCCCAAGAUGCCCCUGGGCCAAAUGUUUCUUCCGCCUCAGAGCCUUCUGGAGCAGCCGCUGAGAAGACAGCCUGUCAAGAUCCAGAAAAACCCGUGGGCGGCUGUGCCUCAGCACUCCUGCAGCCCAGUCCUGCCCCCGAAGCCGGUGGCCCAGAAGAGCCCCAGAGCCCAGAAACAGGGGAGAAGGUGGUGGCAGGAGAGGCGAAUCCACCCAAUGGCCCUGUGGGGGACCAACUGAGCCUCCUGUUUGGAGAUGUCACCUCCCUGAAAAGCUUUGACUCACUGACAGGAUGUGGUGACAUCAUAGCCGAGCAGGACAUGGACAGUAUGACAGACAGCAUGGCCUCUGGAGGCCAGAGGGCCAACCGAGAUGGGACCAAGCGAAGUUCCUGCAUGGUCACCUACCAAGGAGGUGGGGAGGAGAUGGCCUUGCCAGACGAUGAUGAUGAGGAAGAGGAAGAAGAAGAGGACGAGGAGGUGGAAUUAGAGGAGGAAGAAGAGGAAGCCAAGGUGGAAGAAGAUGAGGACUUAGAAUAUCUGUGGGCAAGUGGUCAGAUGUACCCAAGACCCAAUGUGAACAUGGGCUACCAGCCCACCACUUCGCCAGGCCACCAGGGCUAUGUACUCUUUGACCCAGUCCGGUCUUACCCUGGCCUGGCUCCUGGAGACCUUUUGACUCCUCAGAGUGACCAGCAGGAGUCUGCCCCCAACAGCGAUGAGGGCUAUUAUGACUCAACCACACCUGGAUUUGAGGAUGACUCCGGGGAGGCCCUGGGGCUUGUCCGCAGGGAUUGCCUGCCCCGAGAUAGCUACAGUGGCGACGCCCUGUACGAAUUCUAUGAGCCAGAUGACAGUCUUGAGGAGUCCCCACCCGGGGAUGACUGCCUUUAUGACCUCCACGGUCGAAGCUCUGAGAUAUUUGACCCUUUCUUGAACCUUCAGCCCUUUUCUUCCUCCCGGCCACCUGGGGCCAUGGAGACAGAAGAAGAACGCCUGGUGACCAUCCAGAAGCAGUUGUUGUAUUGGGAACUUCGGCGGGAGCAGCUGGAGGCCCGGGAGGCCCGGGAGGCACGUGCCCGAGAGGCUCACACCAGGGAGGCCUAUACAAAAGAAGCUCAUGCCAGGGAAGCUCAUGCCAGGGAAGCUCAUGCCCGAGAGGCCCACCCCCAGGAAGCUCACGUCAGAGAGGCCCGAGGCCGAGAGGCCUAUGCCAGGGAGGCUUGUGCCAGGGAGGUCUGCACCCGAGAGGCCUGUGCCAGGGAGGCCCAGGCCAGAGAGGCUCGUGCUCGAGAGGCUCAAAUCCGAGAGGCCCAGGUGUGGCCGGAGAAGCCCAUCAUAGAGUAUCAGAGGAGACCCUUAGGCCCAUCGGUGAUGGGCCUGGUGACAGGAAAAUCAGGGAGCUCUCAGACUUCACACCGAGGAACCACGUCGGCUUUCCCUGCCACAGCGGGCAGUGAGCCAGACUGGAGGGACUUCCGUCCUCUGGAGAAGCGUUUCGAGGGAACCUGCUCCAAGAAAGAUCAAAGUACCUGCUUGAUGCAGCUCUUCCAGAGCGAUGCUAUGUUUGAGCCAGACAUGCAAGAAGCAAAUUUUGGAGGGUCUCCCAGGAGGGCCUACCCUACUUACUCACCCCCUGAAGAGCCAGAGGAAGAGGAGGUCGAGAAGGAAGGCAAUGCCACCGUGAGCUUCUCGCAAGCCCUUGUGGAGUUCACCAGCAAUGGCAACCUCUUCUCCAGCAUGUCCUGUAGCUCCGACUCCGACUCCUCCUUCACUCAAAACCUCCCUGAGCUGCCUCCCAUGGUGACCUUCGACAUUGCUGAUGUGGAACGGGAUGGGGAAGGCAAAUGUGAAGAGAAUCCGGAAUUCCACAAUGAUGAGGACCUCGCGGCCUCCUUGGAAGCUUUUGAGCUGGGCUACUACCAGAAACACGCCUUGAACAACUACCGCAGCCGAUUCUACCAAGGCCUGCCCUGGGGGGUGAGCAGUCUUCCUCGAUACUUGGGGCUGCCUGGCAUGCACCCACGGCCUCCACCCGCCGCCAUGGCCCUCAACAGGAGGAGCCGCUCCCUUGACACGGCAGAGACCCUGGACCUGGAGAUGUCCGAUUCCCACCUGGCCCCGGGCUACAUGGAGUCUGAUGAGCUUCAGCCUCAGCAGGAAGAUUCGGAUGAAGAAGAAGAGGAAGAAUGGGGCCGAGACAGUCCCUUGUCCCUCUAUACUGAACCUCCAGGGGCCUAUGACUGGCCUGCCUGGGCUCCCUGUCCUUUCCCAGUGGGGACAGGCCCUGCCUGGAUAAAUAGCAACCAGCCGGAUGGGCCUUCUAGCCAGUCUCCGUAUGGGCAGGCAGCCUGCUGCGUACCUCCUGCAGCUAUGUCAGUAUUGCUGUCAGGACCAGGGCCAGAGUCAAGGGCACCUGGGGAAUCUGGGCCUCAGCUAGCUCGGCCUUCGCACCUACCCCUUCCCAUAGGCCCUUGUUAUAGCCUUCAGCCACAGGCCUCCCAGAGUGCGAGGGCCAGGCCUCGAGAUGUGCUGCUGCCUACCGAUGAGCCCAGUUGCUCCUCCAGUUCUGGAGGCUUCAGCCCCAGUCCUCUUCCCCAGGCCAAGCCUGUGGGCAUCACCCACGGCAUCCCUCAGCUGCCCAGGGUCCGGCCUGAGCUCCCACAGCCUCAGCCCAUUCACUACGGGGCUUCCAGCCUCGACCUGGCGAAGGAGAGGGCUGGGCAAGGUGCCUGUCUCCCCACCAGCUACUCCUCCACUGCCGUGAAAGGGAAUCUAGCUGAGUAGUCAUCACCAAUGCUGGAGCGGGGGCAUGGGGCCUGAGCAUGUGAAUGGGGAUCUGGGGUUGGGCAGAGGGAUUGGGGGGUGGGGGUUGCUGUUUCACUUGAAAAUCUUUUGGGCCAAGGAAAGCUCCUAUGAGUUUUCGCCUUUGCUUUCCCACUUCCGUCUUCUGCCAUCUGUGGCCACGUUCAGCUCAAGUAUAUCUGCCCCGGGAGGCUGCUGCUGCUGUGCUCCAGUUUUUGCUUUCGGGGUUUCUUCUUGUGACCCGUGCAGGGUUCGGGAUGCUGUAAUUUUGUGCCUAUUCCAGUUGCCAAGUUAGUGAAUAUAUAGAGAGCAUGCAUCCUUGACACAGGCUGAACCCUUAGCACCCCCUGCCACCUCACCACCCAGUGAAUGAUGAACCCCCAAUGAACAGCCAGGUCUGCACUGCCUCCCCCGUGGGGGCAGGGGGCCUGCUUGCUGUUAGCAAUGUGAAAUUAUGGUACAGAUGCUCCCCACCCCCACUCCAUUCUGUCUUGGCAUAGCUGCCACCAUUACAUCAGAUGACUAUAAUCUAUUUGUCCCAGCUAGCUGUCCUUAGAGAGGAUCAAGUAGCAUGUAUCUCACCGCCUACUGCUGUGGACUUUGGCAUCGUAACCAGAUGGGGGCCUUUUAACCUGGCCCGCCAUAGCUUGGGUUGAAGACAAAAAUGCUAAUCCCCUUAAUGGAGUGAUCAAAUUAAUCCAGUUGCAGUUGCAAACAGAAGACAAAAUAGGCUUCUCUCACAGACACUGCCAUAAGUCUUGAGCUCUGGAAUGAUAGGAUUUUUGUUUCUCCCUUUUCCUCUCUUAAGCUUGUGACUUCCGGAGUUACAGGUGCUUUUGAAUGUCGGUUCUUUUUUUUUUUUUUUCCUCCAAAGGAAAUGGACAUAAUCUCAUCACAAAGAAUACAUUCUUUUCAUUGAGAUACAAGAAGAGAAGCAGCCUAAAUUAGGCUUGGCUCUAGGGGUUGGGGUUUUUGCAGGUUCCUUGGGGGAAAGAUGGGAAACGGAGGGCCAUUUGUCUGAGGCAACAGGAGAGAGGAUUUCAGAGUUUGCCAAGCCUGAGGCAACCCAGCUUCUGAGAAGGGAAAAUAGCUUCCCCCCUUAAAAGUAAUUCCUUAUACCUUGUGUACCCCUUCAUUUGGAUGCUGGCAAGAAGCUCCAGGCCAGCACUCCCAAGAGACAGGAUACCAAAGGCACCUAGGCUGCUGUUCAGGACUCUAAAGAACUUUCAUUUUGCAAUUAGCUGAGCCCUUAGGAUCAUCAAAAGACCAGGCUUCUUGAGAGGGAAGACUGUGACCUGCCCUCACGCUGCCAAGCUUCGGGAUGCCGAUUCACAUGGCAGCUGUAGCCCUUAUGGAAUGAACGGCACCCUCCUUUGUCCUGUAUCCGCACAGUUCUAACGGUAAACUAGCUUGGAAAUACUGGUGGGGAGAAUUUGCUGUCGGGAAGACAUUGCCACAGGCUCAUCUUCCCCCCAGGCUUGGCCUCUCAUUAAUCAGCAAUACGAGAGGGUUUCUUUUAAAUUUCUUGAUUGGAAAUAGCAAAUGGGAUAUUUUUUACCGGGAUGUGUUGACCCAGGCAAAUGAUGACCCUUGCUCACCCGCCCCCCACAGCCGCUCCUGUCCUUGGCCUGCCCCACCCAUCUUCUUGCCUGUUAAGAGGUCAACAGGGCUCCUGCCAUUCCUGAGAUACUGCGGAUUGGCUUGGGAAUGGAUGCCGUUGGCCUCCCAAGUUCGCAGAGGUGACUUUGUGGGCAAGGUGCCCCUUGACUGGGGAUAUGUUUGUACUGGUGUUUGUCACCCUUUCUCAGAUUGGGAUUGGCCCAGGGCCCUUCCCCCGCAACAUCAGGCUCAGCUGGCAGAAGCUGUAACCCUGGGAACAUCACAUCAGUUUGCACGGCACCGACACCACCACUCAAGGGACCCAGACCAGCUCCCUGGGCUGACAUUGUGUGUAUCAUGAAGAGAUGCAUCAGCCCUGGCGCUGGAGAAUGAAAUAGGGUGAGGAAGGCCCUCCUCACACCAAGCACAGCAUUCCAGGAGGGAAGUGCCCUAAUGCCAACCUUCUGUCCUCUCACCAAAGUUGCCCCGGGAGGGUGGGGCUGACCAUUGGCCUGGCUGUUUGGCAGGAAGUAAACACUCACCAAAUGCCUUUACCACGGGAAAACCCACUACUUGCCUCCUCUGUCUCUGCUUGUCCUUUAGGGCAGCUCAAGCUCCUGUCUGGAUGUGGACUGUGGCAGCCACAGCAGGUCAUAGAGCCAUCACCAGCCUCCAGAGCUCACUGGGCCACUGGCCUAUCUGGGAAGAGAAAAAAAAGUAGGUGGUCAGCCUUUGGCCAAGGGCUGAGAGCUGCCCUCCAUGACAGGAGGGCAGCAGGAGGCGCUGCCUCUGAAGGGAGAAGUCAUAGCCCUGACGGAGUUUGCUGGCCUUCGGGAAGGCUGCGCACCACAGCGUAGGGCCUAGGACCGAUGAGCAGCUUAUGGUUUGGACGACGCUGCUGCCUGCAAAUCCUUUCACUGUCCCUGGCCAGCCCAGGGACAGGAUCCUCACCACCACAAGCGGGGCAGUCAGGGUGCAUGGCUGCAAAAGGAGACUCCUUUAGAGUCUCUCUCGGGAUCCAAGCAGCUGCUGGCCGAAUCCCAGCUGCAGCCUGGAAGAGGAAGAAAGACCUGCCUAGGGACAUGUGGUGAUACAGGGUCACACUGGAACAGCCAGCCAAGUUCUGGGCCUCUUCCCAAACGUGGGCCAGUGCUUGCGUGGCUGAUGCCAAGUAUGCCCCGGAUAAAGGUGUUGACGUCAAGUCCAUACCUCCGAGGCUGUGACCAGGUGAACACUAUGUCUGCAUUGCAAGGUCUUGGGAUACUGCCUUUGGACGUGACUUCAAGGCAAGAUGUGACUUGAGACGAGGUGGCUGCCCUCAUCUCUCUACCCAGCAGGCUUAUCUAGUGCCAGACAGCUCUGAUCCCAAGAAUUCCCAAAUGAGACUGGUCCUUGGGGGCCCAGUGACUGGAUAGAACAGGCCACCUAGGAGACCUGUCUCCCAGGGUUGCCAGUUUCUCGGUGCUUUAGCGCCUCCGAGGAAGCCGCGCCUUGGGGCCCAGAUAGGGCCUGCUCUGCCCAUUUGGACUCAGCCUGGGCACGAGUUCAUGAGCCCCCUGGGCCAAAGGCCUCAGUCGACACUAGUCUCCCUCCUCUGUGCUGUACCAAGGAGGGAAGUAGCUUCUCAAACCCAGGGUGCAUUUCCCUUAUCCUGCUGCCAGUGACUUUCCCACCCUUGCCAGGGCCACCAUCCUACCUGCCCUUGGCCCCCGGGCCCAAUUGCUAGAGGGAGGCAUGGGGGGUUAGCAGGGAGACUUCAAGUUUACCCAUGUGUAUGUUGCAUCCAAGUUGUUUUUAAUAUAUAUAUAUAUAUCAAAAGUCAAUUAUCUAUUUUUGUAUUGUUUGCAUUUUAUAUUCAUGGAAAACAAUGUUUAUCAAUUGUUCUUUUCUGAUAUAUUUUAUUUUUAAGCGGUGCUGUUUACAGUUUUAAACAAAACAAAGAUGACACAAAAAUUGCUGCUGCUUGUGCAGAGGGCUGGCAUCUCAGCUGCCCAGGGCCCUCACUCUUGCCCCUCUCCCCAGCCCUGAUGUGUCGCCCUGUCCAUCCCCCGCUCCAUGCUAGGGACAGCAGAAGGUGCCCAGGUACUUAGACAAAUGCCAGGUGACUCAGGCAUGUGGAACCUGGUAGACAGCGUGUCGUGUUAUGGCUUUAUUUUGUUUCUUCUGGACCCUUCCCUGUUUGUAGACCUCUGGAAGUUCUCUCUCCCUCUCUCUCUGUCUCUCCUUUAUGUUCUGUGCUUUUGUUUUGAAACCAGAGUGCCCAUAUUGUGCUACUUGUUGUGUCAAGUUUCUCCAAAGGAACAUUGUGGGGACAGGGACGUUCUCCACCCAUUGGGGACAGCAGAGGGUUUCAACCAUGCCCUGUCUCCCCACGAAGUUGGGGGAGACAGACGGCAGGGAUGCUUGAACCAUCAGGAAUUAGCCAUCUUAUCGAGGAAACCCUUGCAUGGGACUUAACCAGAAGCUCAGUUGACUGGGACAUUCACCCAGAAGAGAUACUGGGGACCUCCUUGCCCCCUCAUGCUGCUUUGGGGGAAUCUCUCCCCCCCACCACCAUUCCCGCUCCCCGGCCCUGCUCCAGCUCACACAUGGAUGGUACUUUGGGAAAUGGUGACUGUUGGGGCGAUGGCUUACCGGCCUGAUCCCCACGCUUUCAUCCUGUAGUCACUCCAAAGAAGAAAAUCCACAUGGCGUGUAUAUGUAUAAGGGUUGGGCUUACCGAGAGGCAGGACUUUAAUUAUUAUUCCUGUUUACUAUUGGUGCUUAUUUUCCCUGCUGUAUACGGGGUUCGGGGUGGGAGGGAAGAAACCAGGAAUGUAUAUUUAGGUCCUAUUCAAUAAAAUGGCUGGGGGACAGAGGGAAGAAAUUAGGAACUGCAAUACAUCCCAACCCCAGGUAUAAAAAGUUCUUUCUCUCCCAGUACAGAGAGGGGAGCAUGGCCCCUGGAUGCACCCUCACUUCCCCUUCUCUGUUCCUGAGACAUCACGGAGUCGCCCGGAUCGUGACCUCUCUGAUCCCAAUUCUCACUGACAUCUGGAUAUCUUGAUGCACUUCCUGUUUGUAACAACCUAUGUUUCUUUUGCUGAAUGCUAAUAAACCGGGUUCAAGAGGGACCCCCAGUCACUAAA